AUGAAUAGUGACGUGUUGUUACCCUUAGUCUUCAGUAAGCAACCCGUGUGGGACAAAAGGGAUAAAAGGCAUUGUAAUAGAAACGUGAAUGACAAAUGUUGGAAAGAAAUAAGCGAGGCAAUGAAUGAAGGCGGUGAUUCUAAUCUCGAUCUAGACAAUAUCGAUCAAGACAAUCUCAAUCAAGACAAUCUCAAUCAAGACGAUUCAAAAACUGAUCAAGCCAGCCCAAGCAACGUCUCAGAGAGGUCAGCAAGCACCAAAUUACCGAAAGAGAGCUCAGUAGCAUGCAAAAAAAACUCAACACAUUCAAUCAAAAUAUGUUGA